CUCAUCAGAACUUUAUUUUGUAUCUCAGCUCGCCUGCACCUUCUCCCCCUGAUUAACAAAAAGCAGGAGCCACUUUGUAAACAGAAUCAGAAUUAAAAGAUCCUUGUCAUAUGUUUUUCAUUUCCUUUAAGAGUAGAGGAGGAUGUUGAAAUGGAGCCAGUUUUUCAAGGCGGUGGUAGCUUUCGAAGUUGAAAGACUGGAGUAACAAGAACAAGGCAUGAAAGAGACUGCACCAAAGUAUAUUGGAAUAAAACAAUCCACAAGAUUUAAACUACAAACACAGCCAGUGGAAUGAGAAGUGCUGAGAGUUAACCUACAGCAAAGGUGGAAGUUCGCUAUAUUUGAAAAGGUUUGUCUUGGUCUGGAUUUUAAAACAUCUGAAACCCAGGACAUGCACUGGCAAGAAAUAAAAGGAAGGCAAAAGGAGAAAAGUUAACUCAAUCAUCUGAAGAAAGCAGAGAAGUCUGUAGUUCUGUGACCAGCCAAAUGACUUGAGAAGACAACAUGGCUGGAAAAACGGCAGAUUGUUGGAGAAAAAUGCAAAGCAGUGAAUGGAUUUUCCCCACCUUGAUCCUUUGCAUAUAUGGCUUCUUCUCCAUGAUGAGACCAUCUGAGGCUUUCUUGACUCCUUAUCUUGCUGGGCCUGAUAAAAACCUGACCAUUGAUGAGGUGACGCAGCACGUUUUCCCUGUUUGGACGUACUCCUACUUGGCUCUACUAAUCCCAGUAUUCCUUAUCACAGACUAUGUACGCUAUAAGCCUGUCAUUAUUCUCCAGGGAAUUAGUUUCCUGAUCACUUGGCUGCUGCUUUUAUUUGCAUAUGGUGUGCCUGCCAUGCAGCUGGUGGAAUUUUUCUAUGGCAUGGUGACUGCCACAGAGGUUGCCUAUUAUGCCUACAUAUACAGUGUUGUCAGUCCUGACCAUUACCAAAAAGUCACUGGCUAUUGCAGAAGCAUCACUCUUGUGGCAUCCACCAUAGGUUCCUUGCUGGGCCAGCUUCUAGUCUCUCUGGCCCACGUCUCUUAUUUUUACCUCAAUGCCAUAACCAUGGCCUCUGUCUCUGUGGCCUUUAUGUCUUCAUUUUUUCUACCCAUGCCUCAAAAAAGUAUGUUCUUUCAUAGAACGUCUUCCCCAGAAGCAUCCAUCGGACCAACAGAUAAGGAUCCACCAAAUGUCUCAGGCCAGCCAAGCCACCAAUGGGAUCUGUGUGUUCCAACAACAUCAUCUGCCCACUUCCAGAAUGUGCCAGUAGACCAACUGCCCAAAAUAAAAGUCCAGAAUCGCUUUCUGACCGUGCUUCUCCAGCUCUGUAAAGACUUGAAGGAAUGCUACACCACAAAGAAACUCCUUUACUGGUCAAUAUGGUGGGCAUUAGCCACUGCAGGAUUUAACCAGGUUUUGAAUUAUGUCCAAGUACUGUGGGAUGCUAAAGCACCUUCCCAUAGCUCUCAAGUGUACAAUGGAGCUGUUGAAGCCAUAGCAACAUUCCUGAGUUCAGUAACAUCACUGGCUGUGGGAUAUGUGCAAAUGAACUGGGACCUUACAGGGGAGAUGGCGUUGGGAAUCUUCUCUGCCCUGGAUGCAGGUUCCCUGCUUCUGAUGCAUUUUACCAGCAACAUUUGGGUUUGCUAUGCUAGCUAUCUAGUUUUCAAGGCAUGUUAUAUGCUCCUUAUAACUAUAGCAACUUUUCAGAUUGCCAUCAGUCUCAGCAUGGAACGCUAUGCCUUAAUGUUUGGAUUCAACAACUUUGUUGCACUGCUAAUUCAAACUAUUGUGACUGUCACAGUGGUUGAUUCCAAAGGACUGGGACUGGAUAUUGGGACUCAGUUCCUAAUAUAUGGCAGUUACUUUGCAGUGAUAGCUGUGAUUUUCCUAAUCAGGAGUAUUUUUACGAUAACAUCACUCAAAUGCCAAAAGGAGUCAAAGAACCUGGUUGAAAAUCUUCAGAUGACUGAGGCAGAAGAGCAGAAUGCAGUCCGCUAUGACAAAAGACUGUGACUUUAGCACCUUCAGCAAAAAAUUACCUGAGAAUAAAGCUCAUUUUGGGGUUUGCUCAUCCACACAAUGUUAAUCAAGGAGGAGGAAGAAAUGGAAGCGAACAAGUUUGGUGUACCAUUGCAUUCCUAGUAAUUUGUGAGCCAGAGAGCAACUGCCUGGAACAUCUUUCAAUUCCAAACCAUUUUGCAAGCUGAGUCAAACUUGCAUCCAAUCCUGGAGUGGCCUUAAUAUAGCAAGCGAGUGUGGAAAUAGUAGGCUGAAAACUGAUGAAUCUAUCCUCUAUUUAUGUAUGACAACAGCUAGAUUAAGGCCAGUAUUCUUUUUUCUUUUUUACAAAGACAGUAUUUUAAAGUGCUAAUUGAGAUUUCAGACCAAAUACCCUGGUGUAAACAUUUAACAAUUUUCAUCAUUGCAACUGUGCCAAUCCACAGUGGCAAACUAUGUUAAGUAUUGUUGAAACACUCAUUAACCCAGUCCUUCAUCCAUAAUUAAUAUUCAGGUAACCUGAGAUUUGUUAAUCUGCUACUCAAUGCGUUCUAGGAUUUCCAUCCCAAUACAAGCAAUAAUAUUACAGUUACAUGCUGCAUUUAUUCCCACUAUAUAAACUGCAUGUCACGCCCAAACCAAAUGACCAAGCCUAAUCAUGUAACUGUUUAUCAGAAAUUCAAAAUAAUGCAUGAAGGAAGCAUAGAAAACAAAGUCAAGUUAGUAUGACAUAAGAGCAUUAACAUUAACUUUAAAUCAAUAAUUAUAAAGAUGUUUAUAUUAUAUUAAGCAAGUUCAAUUGUGAUAAUGCCCAGUCUGUAAGUACAUGGCAUACUAAAUAUUGUAAAAUUCUAGAAAAAGUACACUUG